GUCCCAUUUAUGUUCUUUAGAUGAUAUGUCGAAUGAGACGAAAAAACGUGUAAUUUCCUGCAAGACAUUCCCAGCAUGUGAGAUAAUUCAUUUCACCGUAGAUGGAUUGCAAUUCCGUUUUUCUCCAUUUCCUUUUCUCGCUCAAUCUCUUUUUUGUCUUUGUUAUUUGGUUCAAGUGACCGGCUCCAGUAAUCUGAAUCCUUUUCUUGCUCUGAACUUGAAAAAGAGGAAGAAGGCGGCUAAUCGGCCAAUUGUAGAUGAGGCGGUCAAUGAUGACAACUCCGUCAACAUGAUUUUGAUGGUGUCGGAGAGGAAACAGAUCAAGCGUUAUACGGAGGGCAUCGUUCUACAGCGACAGCGGGUCAGACGCCAGAUGCCGAUUGGGACACUUCUAUUUGGAUCUAAGAUCACUUGUGGGAUGCUACAGGCAGCAGCUAAAUGGUACAUCCUAGCCACGGACAUGACUGAGGAAGAAAUACUCCAAGGCAUUAUUUACCCAUCAAUAUCA